AUGGCUACCAAAACUUCCUCAAAAGUGGUCUUGAACCCUAUAUUCUUGUUAGGGUUGCUUCUGUUGAUCACCUGUCUUGCACCAAAGAUUGAUGCUCGCCUACUUAAGGAGGAAAAUGAGAAGCCUACCAAGAUUGAUAAAAUCAAUGCCAAGAUGGGCUUGGGAGAGAUGAAGAACUUGCCACCAUUUCCAAACAUACCAAUUCCAGGAAUCCCGUUUCCUCCAUUUCCAUUUCCACCUCCAUUUGACAUUCCUAAUGUUCCUCCACUUCCUGACUUCCCUUUGUCUCCCUUCCUUUUCCCUCCCUUCCCUUUUCUCCAAUCUCCUCCAGCAUGA